AUGCAUGUGAAAUACAACGGCAUGUUUAUUGCUACUGUUUCUGAUAUCGGCGAUAUGUGUAUAAGUCGUUGCUAUUCUGGUGAUAAUCAGUUUAUAAUUAUGGAUGCCGUUUACAUCCCUCCAAAUAAUUCAUUGCAUGCUAUACGAGAUUUCUUGUAUGAAAAUUUAUUUAUUUAUUCUCAUGACGCAUCUGCAUGGCUUCAAAAAAAAAAAUUGGAAAAAGCUUUGAUGAUUUGCCAAUGA